UUAUGAAUUUAGAAUUUUUACUUCAAAGUUUUAAGGGAAGUUUAACAGCACCUAAUUAUGAUGCUUUAAUUGGUCUUCUUACUGCUGAAGUAACAGCUCGUUUAGAAAAAGUUGUAUUAAAGUCUACUUUUAACAGAGCGGUAGAUCUUAUACUUGAUAAAGAAGUAAGGUCAUUAGCAAGUUACUUAGCCGCUGUUACCUCAUGGUCUGUACGUGAUAAAUUUGCACGAUUAACGCAAAUAGCUACCAUAUUAAGCGUUGAAAAAGUAGAAGAACUAGUAAAUUAUUGUGGUGCAGAUGCGAUUGCAUGGAGAUUAACACCUGCUGAAGUUCGACGUAUUGCUUCUAUGAGGAUAGAUUUUCGUCCCGAGGAUAUAAAGAGAUUGACACCGUAAUUUUUGUUGAAUUAUAUUGGUAUAAUAAAUAAUAAG